GAGAGCAGGAGAAAAGACGGGGGAACAGAAAGGAAAAGAGCAAGAAGCAGAAGGGAGCAGGCGGCAUGUGUUCAUGUGUGUGAAGGGGGAGAUAAAGACGUUGUGUGUGAGUGUUUUUUUGUGUGUAGUUGCCUCCUUCACCUUCACCUUCGCCUUCGCCUUCGCCGUGCACAACUUGGGACCAUGCAGCAGAGGUGGACCCUUCUCCCCCGGCUCCUGAUGGGGCUCCUGGCGGCGGCGUCGGCGUCGUCGUCCUCGUCGUCCUCGGGCGCCGACUUCCAGCAUCACCGGUACGAGGAGAUGGUGCGGGCUCUGUACUCGGUGCACAGCGAGUGCCCCUACAUCACUCGCAUCUACAGCAUCGGGCGAAGCGUGGAGGGGCGCCACCUCUACGUGCUGGAGUUCAGCGACAACCCGGGCAUCCACGAGGAGCUGGAGCCUGAGUUCAAGUACGUGGGCAACAUGCACGGCAACGAGGUGCUCGGCCGCGAGCUCCUCAUCAAGUUCUCCCAGUUCCUGUGCGAGGAAUACCGGGCCGGGAACCAGCGGAUCACGAGGCUGAUCCACGACACGCGCAUCCACAUCCUGCCCUCCAUGAACCCCGACGGCUACGAGGUGGCUGCCAGACAGGGUCCAGAGUUCAACGGCUACCUGGUGGGUCGAGGCAACGCCAGAGAAAUCGACCUGAACCGGAACUUUCCGGACCUGAACGCGCUCAUGUAUUACUACGAGAAAACCAACGGGAGGAACCACCACCUGCCUCUGCCCGACAACUGGGAGCAUCAGGUGGAACCGGAGACGUUGGCCGUCAUUAAGUGGAUGCAGAACUACAACUUCAUCCUGUCCGCCAACCUCCACGGAGGAGCCGUGGUGGCCAACUACCCCUUCGACCGGUCAAGAGACCCUCGCAUCCGAGGACGGACCACGUACGCAGCCACUCCGGACGACAAGCUCUUCAGAAAGUUGGCGAGGACCUACUCGUACGCUCACAGCUGGAUGCACAAGGGCUGGAACUGCGGCGACUUCUUCGACGAGGGGAUCACCAACGGGGCCAGCUGGUACUCUCUGUCCAAAGGCAUGCAGGACUUCAACUACCUCUACACCAACUGCUUCGAGAUCACCCUGGAGCUGAGCUGCGAUAAGUUUCCUCCGGCCGACGCGCUGCCCAGAGAGUGGCUGGGAAACCGGGAGGCGCUGGUGUCGUACCUGGAGCAGGUGCAUCAUGGGAUAAAAGGGAUGGUGUACGAUGAGAACAACAACCCCAUCCCCAAAGCUGAGAUCUCUGUGUCCGGCAUCAGCCACGAUGUGACCAGCGGAGCCAAUGGCGACUAUUUCAGACUUCUACUACCGGGCACCUACACUGUGACGGCCUCUGCAGCCGGUUACCUGCCCUACACCAGCACCGUCACGGUGGGACCAGCUGAGGCCAUACAGCUUCAUUUCCACCUGAAAACGGCCCCGAAACAAAACCUGAAAGCCAAACACCACCACGGUAAGAAGAACCUGUCGUCUCCCAAGGCCCCGUUAAAGCUCGGUCCCAGAUGAGACUAAAGAUGGACUGAAAUCAAACAGCUUCUCACACAAACACACACUAUGUAAAUGAUAAAUGCUGGUUAUAUACCUUUGUAGUCCCGUAGGCUAUGUGCUGUAUGUCAGAUGUUUCUGUGGCUAAAUACAAACUGUGUGUCUGGUGUAUUUAUGUAACACUGUCGGUAUGUAUGGACACAGCUUUCUUGUAUUUGUAAAGGACUUUUUGUUUUACUAUAAAGUGAUGACAAAGUGAAAGUGGAAAUAAAAAGAAUGUUUUUACUGUU